GCCACCGGUUGGCGCUCCGACACCUCGGCUGCAGGCCCGGUCCUCUGCCCCUCGGUUUCUACGGCCCAGGUCGGUGUCUGAGAGGCCUCGGGCUCGAUAACUCCGGUGGGGAGAGGCUGCAAUGGCGGCGGCAGCGGCGGCGCCUCAACAGCAGCAACAACCGGCGGGCGGCCUGAGCCUGGAGCAGGCGAAAGUGGUGUUGGGUGAAGUGAUCAAGGCUUUCAGUUCCCCUGAGAAUGCCAUGAGGAUGGAGGAGGCUCGUGACAACGCCUGUAACGACAUGGGCAAGAUGCUGCAGUUUGUGCUCCCUGUGGCCACCCAGAUCCAACAGGACGUUAUCAAGUCGUACGGCUUCAGUAACGAUGGAGAAGGGGUGCUGAAGUUUGCUCGUAUCAUCAAGACCUACGAAGGUCAGGACCCUGAGAUAGCGGCUAUGUCCUCCAAGCUGAAGUCCAUGUUUCUGCCUCCGAUGAUGGUCCCCCCGCACAGCACUGGUAUCUCCACGUCGUAGCUUUCCUGAGGAAGAGAGGGGUGGAGAGGGCACUGGAUCUCUGGGUCCAGAUGGUGACGGUGCAUGUGCCUUUAUUUUAGAAAAGAAUUGUUUCUUUCCAGCGCCACUGAAUAAGCACUGACUCUGGCGUGUUCAGAACAUUUCUCUUCCAAAUCCCCUCCACACCUACCUAUCGCGCACCCCAGGCUGCCUGUAUCCCUGCCCACCACUCUGAGCAUCUGCCUCCUUUGUACCUUCGGAGGAAGUGCCAACACACUAAGGAGGGCAUUGUGCCCUACAGGUGGAGCACUCCAUGGCUGAGGGCACAGGAAGGGUAUCACUCUGCCUGGUGCCUCGCCCAACAAAUAAACCCACCAGCCAGCUUGGUUCCUCUUUUUGCCGGUAACUCAGGAUGUGGUUCAUUUAUACAGCACUUCCCCCUCCCACGAUAGGGCAUGUGAGUUUAUUCAGAGUCAUAAGGCAGAGCUGCCGGGGGAAAGGAGGAACACAUCGAGCCUGCCUGGCGCUGGAACAGCAUCAGGUCAGGUUCACAGUGGCUCCAGGACUGAGUGGAGAUAUCCAGCUGUCCUCACGGACACUCAGCCACGGUUCUGCUGGCCUCUGGUUUAGUCCGUGAUUGAUUGCACGGGAUCGGGGGUUGUAGGGAGGAGGUGUACCACGAAACUUGCAUUGUUCUGUAUCUGCACUCACUGCCCGCAUCAGGUCCCUUCUUGACUGACACAAAUAAGCACACACAGAGACAUAAACACAGACACACGCACGUGCGCCACGCACACACACACAGACGUAAACACACGCACGCGCGCUCACAGACGUAGACACGCACACACAGCCUUGGCUGUAAACUCACCACAAGUGCAGUUGAAUUGAAACAGGACUGCCUAUAUUUACGUUUGCAUUUCGAAGAACUCUAAGGAAAUAGAAACACAGACCACACUGGGGCAGUGUUUUACCUCCACAUUUUCAAAGGCAGUUUCCUCUCCAUCCUAGCCACUGACCACAAACAGACUUCCUGUCUUUAACAUUGUGAGACCUAACUGCAGUAACAGGACAAGUUUUAAAAAUACUUAAUGCUGCCCUCUAUGGAAUGGAAAACAGUAAAACAGGAGUGAUUUAACAUCCUUCCUUACUGUGAUUUCUAGUGAGGGACAGCUCUUUAACCAGCCGCACCGUCAGAGACAGGAAGGACUGCAUUUCAGUUGUGGCUGCUGGCCCCUCUGAGGUGACUUUGCAACUGGUGACGUUUUUUGUUUAAUUCGAAGUGUCACUGUUGUUGUAAUGCAAGAACCAGUUUUCUCACAGUUACAGAAAUGGUCAGAUCACCUGUUUUGUGUUAAACUGAUGCUGGGGAAUAUUGUUGACCAGGACACCAGAUAGCCUGGAAAUUGUAUCCCGCGAGAUUUUUCCACUUGAUCGAAUGUGAAACGGCGGCCUUUGUGGUGCCCCUGUCGAUAAAGCAGUGGCACACAAAGGGGGUUAGUUAAGAUGGCAUGACGGUGAGGUAGGUUGGAGAGGAGGGAGGAGCUGCUAACACCUGACAUUCAGGGAUCUCACAGCAAUGCAUUGGGGUGGACAGCCUUAAAACUGGCAGUGAGCAGCACCAUGUAUGACAUGCAUUCGGCAACACAGAAGAAAGAUUCUGCAGAGAGACACACCUCACUUCACACAAAGGGCUGUGUGGCUUUCAAAGCACAGGAAACUGCUGGACUACUGAGUUUAUCCUCUGGUUGGUGGUGGGGUGGGGCACAAUUUUAUCCUAAACUGUCCGACAGCGGGCUGGGUAGGGGUUAGAAGAGUGUGAGUGUUGAUAGGGUUAAGCGUUGGUUUUACAACUGCAUUCCAUGGGUGUUGCUUCUUCCACCUUAAACUGUGGAUUACACCAGGCAGUGACUUUUCAGUGACUGAGGGGUUAAUAAGGCAGCUCUGUCCGAGCCCUGUCGUCGAGCAAGAUUUAGUGCCGGGUCCCUUCAAGUGGCUGUUGCAUGAGUUUAAAAAGAAAAGCGUGUCACUAGAUACGCGGUAUAAAAAGGAGGCCAUUCAGUCUGGCUGGUCCAUGUCCUCCCUUCUCUCUUUGUCUCAAGCUACCAUCGUUAUCCUCUGGCCCUUCUCCCUGAAAAGCUGCUCCGACUUCCCCUCAAAUGCAUCUCUUCAGGUUCUGCAAUGUUGCCAUCCUUGUCAAUGGCCCAUUUUCAAACUCAUUCCACCCUGCAGUGGCUGGGCUGUUUGUGACUGGGAGCUAGGUGACUGGAAUCUGCUACAAAAAUGGAAGGUGAAUAUUUUUCUCCAUUUAGGGUGGAGGGGGAUAGGAGGUGCUUUUGUUAACUAGUCUUUUUUUUCAAAAUACAGUCACUGGGCAUUGCAGAACAUGUGGGGGAGUUUACGAAUUGCCUGAGCCUGGAAAGGCUGGGCUGAAAGAUGUACAUGAUGUUAAGAUAAUAAAAUGUGAGGCUGGACGAACACAGCAGGCCAAGCAGCAUCUC